UCGAACGCACUCCAAAAGGCAUGGAAAAUAGUGCAACGCUGCAAAUUCAAGUUCACGUCUCCGUUGGAUCACUCGCGAUGUUCCUUCUCAAGACAUGGAGAUCUACGGCUUUUGGUAUAUAUGGAUACCUGAAUUUCACCAAAGCUGGUUUCAUUGAACAUUCAAAGAAGUUCAAUGCAGAGGAUAUGGAGACAAGAAUAGAUGGGAAGAAUUGCAUAGUUACUGGAGCAAAUUCCGGCAUUGGUUAUGCAACCGCUGAGGGUCUUGCUUCACGUGGAGCAACUGUCUUUAUGGUAUGUCGUAAUAAGGAGAGAGGAGAAGCUGCACUUUCUGAAAUUCAGUCUACAACAGGCAACACAAAUGUACAUUUGGAGGUAUGUGAUCUUUCAUCUGUCAGUGAUAUCAAGUCUUUUGCAUCUAGAUUUUCGUCAAAGGAUUUGCCAAUUCAUGUACUGGUUAACAAUGCUGGCUUGCUUGAGAAUAAACGAGUUACUACAUCAGAAGGGUUCGAGUUAAAUUUCGCUGUAAAUGUUUUAGGCACCUACGCCAUGACAGAGUUGAUGCUACCAUUACUGGAGAAAGCUGCACCUGAUGUCCGCGUUAUCACAGUGUCCUCUGGUGGAAUGUACACAGCACCUUUGACCAAGGAUUUACAGUUUAGUGAUAGCAAGUUCGAUGGGGUGGAACAGUAUGCUCGAAACAAGCGAGUUCAGGUAGCAUUAACAGAAAAAUGGGCUGAAAUCUACAAGAAUAAAGGGAUUGGAUUCUAUUCGAUGCACCCCGGUUGGGCUGAGACACCUGGAGUUGCUAAGAGCUUGCCUGAUUUCUCUAACUCGUUUUCAGGAAAGCUUAGAACAAGUGAGGAAGGUGCAGACACGAUUCUUUGGUUGGCUACACAACCAAAAGAAAAAUUGGUACCAGGUGCAUUUUAUUUUGAUAGAGCUGAAGCACCUAAACACCUUAUGUUUACAGCGACUGGUGGCUCUCAUGGGAUAAUCGAUUCCAUUGUUGACAGUCUCCGUUCCUUGUCCUCUCUCUCUUCUCAAAGUUAAAAGACAUUUCCAUUUGUGUUUUGAGAUAUUCAAUGUUAAACUUCAGGUUCAAGCCAGUUUUAAGGGUGAAGGUAUCCAAACUUCA